AUGUUUAAAAAUUGAAGAUUGCACGAGUAUCAGUUUCGGGGCGAAGAAGUUACUGCAAUCCCAGCAAAAGGAUUUUACGAUGAGCUUAUGUUUUUGUUCACUUAUUUCUCCUUCACCUUUAAUUUACGAGGCCAAAUUUCCAUGGAAUUUGAAUCUUAACCGCUCUAUUGGCCGUCCUUAUAACAAUAACAGGAGUAUUGUUGCGAGGGUCACUCAACGAGGAUACGAAGUGGAUAGUGUUUCGUCCCAAAGUCCGAUAAUUGAGGCCGAGGAAAAAGAGGAUGUGGUCGAUAAAAGCGUUAGUGGAGUCGUCGUCAAUGAACCGGUGGAAGAUACUCCAAAACCGGUAAGAUUUAGGAAGAAGAGAGACGAAGAUGACGGCAGUAAUGAUGAAAGCUUUGAGGAUAGGUUCAAGUUACGAAACGGCAAGGAGGUUUUUGAAGAAAAAGCUUAUUUAGUCGGCGUGGAGCGAAAAGGCGAGAUAUCGGAUUCGUUUGCUAUCGAGGAGUCCCUUAAAGAGCUGGUUCAGCUGGCCGACACUGCUGGGCUUAUGGUCGUCGGUUCUACUUAUCAAAAGUUAGCUUCACCGAACCCGAGGACAUACAUAGGAUCGGGAAAGGUUGCAGAAAUUAAGAGCGCAAUCCGUGCUUUUGAGGUUGAGACUGUAAUAUUUGAUGAUGAACUCUCACCGGGACAAUUGCGCAAUUUGGAGAAGGCCUUUGGUGGGGAUGUUAGAGUAUGUGAUCGGACUGCUCUAAUCCUGGAUAUCUUCAAUCAGCGAGCUGCAACACAUGAAGCAGCUUUACAGGUUGCAUUGGCCCAAAUGGAAUACCAAUUGCCACGUCUUACUAAAAUGUGGACACACCUUGAGCGUCAAGCUGGAGGCAAGGUGAAGGGUAUGGGUGAGAAACAAAUUGAAGUGGACAAACGUAUCUUACGUACUCAAAUUGGAGUUCUUAAAAAAGAGCUUGAAUCUGUCAGGAAACAUCGAAAGCAAUAUAGAAACCACCGGUUUUCUGUUCCUGUUCCUGUAGUAUCUUUGGUUGGGUACACAAAUGCUGGUAAGAGUACACUUCUAAAUCAUUUGACUGGAGCUAAUGUUCUGUCUGAGGACCGACUCUUUGCAACCCUUGAUCCUACAACAAGAAGGGUUCAGAUGAAAAAUGGAAGCGAAUUUCUUCUUACAGACACUGUUGGUUUCAUCCAAAAGUUGCCAACUACUCUGGUUGCUGCAUUCAGAGCUACAUUGGAGGAGAUAUCUGAGUCUUCUCUUCUAGUGCAUGUGGUGGACAUCAGCCACCCCCUUGCAGAGCAGCAGAUAGAUGCCGUGGAAAAAGUUCUAGCAGAACUAAAUGUGUCUGAAAUUCCAAAAUUAAUGGUCUGGAACAAGGUUGAUAGGGUUAGUGAUCCACAAAAACUCAAGUUGGAAGCAGAGAGAAGAGAAGAUGUUAUUUGUAUAUCUGCUGUGACUGGCGAGGGAUUACAGGAAUUCUGCAAUGCUGUGCAGGAAAAACUGAAGGAUUCUAUGGUUCCAGUGGAGGCUUUACUCCCAUUUGACAAAGGGGAACUUCUGAGUACUAUACAUCAGGUUGGAAUGGUGGAGAAAACUGAAUAUACCGAGAAUGGGACAUUUGUCAAGGCAUUUGUCCCUCUUCGUUUUGCUAGGCUGCUAACCCCAAUGAGGCAACUGUGUAAAUCGUAACUUCAACUCUCUCCAAUGUAUCCUUUGAAUAGAUCGUGUUAAAUUCGAUGAGGUUUCAGGUGAUUUGGAAGAGAGGUGGCUUUUCAGUGCAGCAUUGCCCGAAUACCAGUGUAUAUAGAAAACCCACUUCGUUAUUCUUAAAGAUGUAACUGAACUUGACGGUAAUAAUGGAAUUCUAGUUUUUAUCCCAGAA